GUCUCGCUGCUGUCCAACGCGCUGGUGCUGCUCUGCCUGCUGCACAGCGCGGACAUCCGCCGCCAGGCGCCCGCGCUCUUCACCCUCAACCUCACGUGCGGCAACCUGCUGUGCACUGUGGUCAACAUGCCCCUCACGCUGGCCGGCGUGGUGGCGCAGCGGCAGCCAGCCGGCGACCGCCUGUGCCGCCUGGCCGCCUUCCUCGACACCUUCCUGGCCGCCAACUCCAUGCUUAGCAUGGCCGCACUCAGCAUCGACCGCUGGGUGGCUGUGGUCUUCCCGCUGAGCUACCGCGCCAAGAUGCGCCUCCGCGACGCCGCGCUCAUGGUGGCCUACACGUGGCUGCACGCUCUGGCCUUCCCGGCCGCCGCGCUCGCCCUGUCCUGGCUUGGCUUCCACCAGCUCUACGCGUCCUGUACACUGUGCAGCCGGCGGCCCGAUGAGCGCCUGCGCUUCGCUGUCUUCACCGGCGCCUUCCAUGCGCUCAGCUUCCUGCUCUCCUUCAUCGUGCUCUGCUGCACGUACCUCAAGGUGCUCAAAGUGGCCCGCUUCCACUGCAAACGCAUCGAUGUCAUCACCAUGCAGACGCUUGUGCUGCUCGUGGACAUCCACCCCAGUGUGCGGGAACGCUGUCUGGAGGAGCAGAAGAGGCGGCGGCAGCGGGCCACCAGGAAGAUCAGCACCUUCAUCGGGACCUUCCUCGUGUGCUUUGCACCCUAUGUGAUCACCAGGCUGGUGGAGCUGUCAUCCACGGUGACCAUCGGCUCCCACUGGGGAGUGCUGUCCAAGUGCUUGGCCUACAGCAAGGCCGCCUCCGACCCCUUCGUGUACUCACUGCUGCGCCACCAAUACCGCAAAAGCUGCAAGGAGAUUCUGAACAGGAUCCUCAACAGACGUUCCAUCCGGUCCUCGGGUCUCACAGGUGACUCCCACAGCCAGAACAUUCUGCCCGUCUCGGAGUGA